AUGCCUCCCCAAGAAGAGCCCUACCGGUACUCCCUGCGAUCAGACGGAACACGGCUCAUCAGAAGCAUCGAGGGCACCCCCGACCACCGCGGCGAGACGCGCUACUUUCACUGUCCCUCGGUACAGCUUGUCCAGCACUCGAGCAGCGGCGAAAAGAAGAAGAGUAGUUACAACAGCUCAGGCGACAUGACCCACAACACCACCAAGAUGACCACGCGAACGGCGUUUGAGACCCGCACGGCCUAUGUGACACAGUCGAUGUCGGUCACCACGACUACUAGCACCGCUGGCGGCGCCCGGAUUUCAUCGGCACACACAUUCUCUGCCGACGGCGACCGGGUUUCGUCUGCGUACACUUUCUCUUCUUCUUCCGGGGGCCGUUGGGGGUAG